AUGUCUAGCCAGAACGAAAAUGAGCCAAUUGGUUCUAUUGCCACUCAAUAUGAAAAAAUUAUUAACCAAUAUAACGUGGAAAUUAAAAACUCUAAACUUCGCCAAGAUAGUAUUGAGUAUCAAAAACAGUUAAGCGAAAUUAUUAAUAAAUUAAUCACUUUUAAAAAUCUAAUUUACUCCAAGUUAUCGUUAUUUAGUGAUAAUGAAACAUUGGAUGAUUUAUCAACAACUUCCCUUAAAUAUUUAUCCAUAGAUUAUUAUUUAGGCCUAUUGAUGGAACGAAAACAAGAUUGUAGCAAAAAUGGUGAGAUUAACACUAAUAAGAAUAAAUUAAAAGUGAAGUUUCUAGAUAAAUCUAUUCAACUAUUCAUCCAAUUUAUGAUAACAUUACAAAAUUAUAAUAUAUUAGAUGAAUUGCUAGGCAAGAAGAUAGAUUCCUUUGAAGAGACUUAUCACCCCAAAUUAGAGGAGCUAUAUAAGGGAAUGACCCCUAAAAAUGAUAAAGAUUUAAGUGGUGCUCAAUUAAAAAGGGAAGCUAAAAUUAAAAUAUUCAAGAGAAAUAAAGAAAUUAAUGAAAAAUUAAAUCAUUUAAAACAAAAAUAUGACGAUAAUAAAAAUGAAAAUGAUGAAGAAAAGGCUUAUACUGUAGAUGAAGAAGAAAUGCUAAGAUCUAUAUAUAUUGAACAGCUAAAAUCAUUUAGUUAUGAUUCUUUUAAUAAGAUUGAACAAGAUUUGUAUGAAAGUGAAUUAUUGAAUAAUUUCAUUAAAAGAGGAUUUGAAGAGAUUACAGAUACUCCUAAGAGUAAUGAGCAAGAAGACAUUAGAAUGCAAAAAAGGGAUUUCACAGGGUAUACUGAUAAAUUAGAAGUAUUAAACAAACCAUUAUUAUCAAAACAAGGUAAAGUAUUACGGAAUUUUACAUUAACAAGUAAACGUCAAGAACUUAAGGAUAAAGUUAAGGGAUAUGGACAAUAUGGACCAACCAUGACAGUGGAAGAAUUCCUUGAAAAAGAAUUUGAAGAAGGAAGAGUAUUACAAGGUGGAGAAAAUGAAAUAGAAGAAAGUCAAAAAUAUAAAGAAGAGAUGGAAGAUAAUGAUGAAUAUCAAGAUAAAGAAACAUAUAAGGCUCGUGAAUGGGAUGAAUUUACAGAAGCUAAUCCGCGUGGUAUUGGUAAUACAUUGAAUCGUGGAUGA